GAGCGGACGGGCCGGAGGGCGAGCAGCCCAGCCGGCGGGGUCUGCAGCGCGCCGGGCGUCCCAUGGAUAUAGCAACAGGUCCCGAGUCGCUGGAGAGGUGCUUCCCUCGCGGACAAACGGACUGCGCCAAGAUGUUGGACGGCAUCAAGAUGGAGGAGCACGCCCUACGUCCCGGACCCGCCACUCUGGGGGUGCUGCUGGGCUCCGACUGCCCGCAUCCCGCCGUCUGCGAGGGCUGCCAGCGGCCCAUCUCCGACCGCUUCCUGAUGCGAGUCAACGAGUCGUCCUGGCACGAGGAGUGUUUGCAGUGCGCGGCAUGUCAGCAAGCCCUCACCACCAGCUGCUACUUCCGGGAUCGGAAACUGUACUGCAAACAAGACUACCAACAGCUCUUCGCGGCGAAAUGCAGUGGCUGCAUGGAGAAGAUCGCCCCUACCGAGUUCGUCAUGCGGGCACUCGAGUGUGUGUACCACCUGGGCUGCUUCUGCUGCUGUGUGUGCGAGAGGCAGCUCCGCAAGGGGGAUGAAUUCGUGCUCAAGGAGGGCCAGCUGCUGUGCAAGGGCGACUACGAGAAGGAGAAAGACCUCCUCAGCUCCGUGAGCCCGGACGAGUCUGACUCUGUGAAGAGUGAGGACGAAGAUGGAGACAUGAAGCCAGCCAAGGGGCAGGGCAGCCAGAGUAAGGGCAGCGGAGAUGACGGGAAGGACCCGAGAAGGCCCAAACGGCCCCGGACCAUCCUCACCACGCAGCAGAGAAGAGCUUUUAAGGCCUCUUUUGAGGUCUCCUCCAAGCCCUGUCGGAAGGUCCGAGAGACACUGGCAGCAGAGACAGGCCUCAGUGUGCGUGUGGUCCAGGUCUGGUUUCAGAACCAAAGAGCAAAGAUGAAGAAGCUGGCCCGGAGGCACCAGCAACAGCAGGAGCAGCAGAACUCCCAGCGGCUGGGCCAAGAGGUUCUGUCAAGCCGCAUGGAGGGCAUGAUGGCCUCCUACACGCCGCUGGCCCCUCCGCAGCAGCAGAUCGUGGCCAUGGAGCAGAGCCCCUACGGAAGCAGCGACCCCUUCCAGCAGGGCCUCACGCCGCCCCAAAUGCCAGGUGACCACAUGAACCCCUAUGGGAACGACUCCAUCUUCCACGAUAUCGAUAGUGAUACCUCCCUCACCAGCCUCAGCGACUGCUUCCUCGGCUCUUCUGACGUGGGCUCCCUGCAGGCCCGCGUGGGGAACCCCAUCGACCGGCUCUACUCCAUGCAGAGCUCCUACUUUGCCUCCUGAGAGCCAGCCGGGCCGCAUGGACGCUUGGGCCUGGGCCUAGGGUGGGACCACAGGCCUCUGCAGCCAGCCGGCCCCCCAGCCCACCACCCGCUCAGACUCUACAGACAGCCAUACGGUGCCCUCCCUUCGGCCAGCCAGACCUGGCUCAAGUGCCCACUGGGCACAGCCAGACAAGGCAGAUGGGUGCAGCCUGGGCAGGGACUGUGUCCUGCCCACAGAGACCUUGUGACCCCUGGGGACCCAGAGCUCUUGGACAGCCACUAGCCUCCCAGCCCUUUGACUUCAUCACUACCUUCCCCGGCCCCGCCUCUUUUUUGGGGGGAAGCUUAAAUUUGUUUUAUUUUGUUUUUUAAACAUUCUGUUUCCAGCCAGUCUCCAUUGUCCCUUCAAGCCCAGCCCUGGGACAGUGCCUGGUACCCGAGAAACAGUUAUACGGGUGUCCUGCGCUGGAGACCACUUCCCCUCCUGGUCAGCGCAGGGGAUGGUUUCUGGGUCCUGGGAGGCCCAGGGUCACUGUUCCCAGCCCUAGGCUGGUGCACAGGAGAGGAGGGUCCAAGCAAGUGUGACAGGCUCUUUGGCCCUGCCUGAGUCUCAGCAAGAGGAGGGAUGUGGACAGAGCCCAGAGAGACCCAAGGGACAGAGAUGCACACGUAAAGGCACACACAUCUAUAGGCACGCCUGUGCAAGCAUGCAUAUAUACCUGGUGCACACGCACACAGACAUGGAAGAGGUACUGUUCCUUUCUGGAAGCAGCAGCGAGGUCAGCAGGCAGGGCCGACCUCUGAGAGCAAUUGGAGAGGGAGGAAGGAAGGGGGA